AGCCCUCUUGAAAAAGCACAAGCAGCAAAGAACAAGGGUAACAAAUAUUUUAAAGCUGGCAAAUACGAUCAAGCCAUCCAGUGUUACACUGAAGCCAUCAGUCUUUGUCCACCGGAGAAGAAAGUGGACUUGUCUACCUUCUACCAGAACCGAGCGGCAGCAUAUGAGCAGCUUCAAACGUGGAAAGAAGUGGUCCAAGACUGUACGAAAGCAGUGGAACUGAAUCCCAAGUAUGUGAAGGCUCUCUUCCGACGGGCCAAAGCACAUGAAAAGCUUGAUAGCAAGAAAGAAUGCCUUGAAGAUGUUACGGCAGUUUGUAUCUUGGAGGGCUUCCAGAACCAGGCCAGCAUGCUGCUUGCAGAUAAAGUACUAAAGCUGCUUGGAAAAGAGAAAGCCAAAGAUAAAUACAAGAACAGGGAGCCACUAAUGCCUUCACCUCAGUUCAUCAAAUCCUACUUCAGCUCUUUCACAGAUGACAUUAUCUCCCAACCACUGCACAAAGGAGAAAAGUCAGAUGAAGACAAGGAUAAGGAGGGAGAGCAGGCUGUGGUAAAGGAGAAAUCUGGUUAUUUAAAGGCAAAACAAUACAUGGAAGAGGAGAAUUAUGACAAGAUCAUAAGUGAGUGCACAAAGGAAGUGGAGGCUAAAGGAAAGUACAUGGCAGAAGCUUUACUACUGAGGGCCACUUUCUACCUGCUCAUUGGAAACUCUGCAGCUGCUAAACCCGACCUGGAUCAGGUCAUUAGCAUGGAAGAAGCCAAUGUGAAGUUAAGAGCAAAUGCCCUGAUCAAGCGAGGGAGCAUGUACAUGCAGCAACAACAACCUCUCCUGUCAACUCAAGACUUUAACAUGGCUGCUGACAUCGAUCCCCAAAAUGCUGAUGUUUAUCAUCAUAGAGGGCAGCUAAAAAUCCUUCUUGACCAAGUGGAGGAAGCCGUAGCAGAUUUUGAUGAAUGUAUUAGAUUGCGGCCAGAUUCUGCUCUGGCUCAAGCACAGAAAUGCUUUGCACUAUACCGAAAAGCAUAUACAGGCAGCAAUCCACUACAGAUCAAAUCCGCCAUGAAAGGUUUUGAAGAUGUUAUUAAGAAGUUUCCAAAAUGUGCAGAAGGUUAUGCCCUUUAUUUAUGGCCCAGGCACUAACAGAUCAGCAGCAGUUUGGAAAGGCUGAUGAGAUGUAUGACCAGUGCAUAGAGUUAGAGCCAGACAAUGCCACAACAUAUGUUCACAAAGGUUUACUUCAGCUUCAGUGGAAGCAAGAUCUAGAUAAAGGGCUAGACCUCAUCAGCAAAGCCAUUGAAAUAGAUAACAAAUGUGACUUUGCCUACGAGACCAUGGGGACAAUAGAAGUUCAGAGGGGAAAUCUGGACAAAGCCAUUGAAAUGUUCAAUAAAGCCAUUAACCUGGCUAAAUCUGAAAUGGAAAUGGCCCACCUCUACUCACUAUGUGAUGCUGCAUACGCUCAGACAGAGGUCGCCAGAAAGUACGGCUUGAAGCCGCCAACACUGUAA